GUUUGGGGCAACCAAAUACACAGAAGUUCCUAUUCGCUCUCUGGCCGCAUCUUCCAAUUGACAGAUGCUCAGAUGCGAUAUAUUCGCUUUCUCAAGACUCCCCGAGUCGUCACAGAGAAAAGUUCGUCGAAAAGCGAGAUUCAAUGCCUGGUUACCAUCACAUCAGACUUGGGAGAUUCUUUUCUCCCAUAUGAUGUUCGACUAUCCGCAGAAUUGCUGUCGUCCCAAGCUCCCGAGCAAGUCCUGGUAUGGACGACGGUACGAUGGACCAGUGGCAUGAGAACUGUGCCUAUUGUGUUUCCCUUGCCUAAAUCUCGCGCUUCUUCAAAGAUGCGAGUAAGAGUUGGGGUCGAGCCCAAGGCUACGUACGAUGAGUAUGACAAGCUAUCCGAUAAUCAACAAGGCAUAUUCUCUGCAUGGAGCGCGGAUUUCCAGCUUUCGUCAGAAGCCGUAAAACUCGUCGAGAGACGCUUCACGCUGUCACCAAAAGGACCCGUAGUCAGCAUUUGGGAAGAGACUGGCGAGAGUAUAGCGCGGCAUCUAUGGGACGCCGGCAUCACACUCUCCUGCCACCUCAAGGAGCUUUUGGACAAUAAGAGCGACUCUACGAAAACCUUAUUACCAUCCCAGCGCAGCGCUAGGCUUCACGUCCUAGAGCUUGGAGCCGGCUGUGGCGUAGUGGGCAUAUCUCUUGCCCAGAUAUUUCAAGGGGCGCAAGUGCUUCUUACAGAUCUUCCGGAAGCCCAAGAGAUUGUUGAGCGGAAUCUUGGAGAAGUCAAAACGGCGGAGGGCUCCUCACUUCGGUUUCAAGAGCUGGAUUGGGAUGCUGAUUUACCCGACAACCUCAAGUCUCCACCCUUUCUACUAGAUCUAGUACUGGCGGCAGAUUGCACGUACAACUCUGACAGCAGCCCAGCACUUGUCGAUACCCUCGUUCGACUAGCCAAGAUAUCUCCCAAGGUUGUGGUCGCUAUUGCGAUGAAAAUGCGACAUUCUAGUGAAGAAGUGUUCUUCAACCUCAUGGCUGCAGCUGGGUUUCAGGCGACGAAGAGAAUAGAUUACCCCUUACCAGGAGAUGUUGAGGUGGGGGAAGAGACUGUGCACUUGCAUUUGUAUGAGUACAACACUGAUCCUCAGGGAGGGCCCGAAAGAACAAAGUGAUAUCCAGAUAAGUACGAGUAUGUCAACCAGUCUCCUACCAUGACAAAUAAACGCUCUCGCGAUGACGGUGGAUUCCCUGCUACAAACUGGGGAAAUCAGUGGGACCAAGAAGUGCAACGACACCCAGCGGCCCCAUCAUAUCGAUGGUCAAGAGCAACACUAUUUGGUAUACGUUAGCAUCACGAACACUGGACGCCUCACAAAACAUCAUCUCGCCCUCACUGCUCCCGCACGAUCAUUUCAGAUUCACAGUCGAAGAAAGUGAGGAACGUGUCGUAGCUGCUAAAUCAAUAGCAGCAAAUUUUGGUUCCCUUUCUGACCGUGGUAUAAUAAGUUGUAGAUAGUAGAAGGAUACUGGAACUAUGUAUAGAAACACCCGGCACGGUACCCGUGAGGUAGUACGAUACAUUACAGGGCAGAAGUUUACACGUAAAUUUCUAGGCAGUUAGUGACGAGCUGGCAGGCAAUGAAAAAGGGCU